CCAAUCAAAUGGCAGCCUGCCUUCCACUUGUUAUUCGACAAAGGGGGAUCUCGCCUUUAAUGAUUGCGUGUAAUAUUUUUUGUGAGAUUGGUGGUGGAUACCAGUUGGUUUGUUAGUGGGAAUAUAAUCACCGCCAUGUCCACAUCAGGAGCUCUGGCAGGAUACUAUUCUUUCCUCGCGCCGGAGAUCGAGGAAUCCCAUUUCUCCUCAAGCUCGGGGCUUCUUCAGCAGCCGAGGGUCUCAUCUUUACCACCCGAGCGCGCAACCGGUAUAUUUCCUUCAAAACAGCCUGGAUACGCAAAUACAGGAUGGGGCCACAUCUCAGAGCAGAGGUUCAGUGGGGUAAAAUCCGGGUAUCUCUCUCAGACAGAGGCUCAGCCCGCGCAGAAUGGAGACCCAACACAGUCGUGGCUCGUGGACACGGUUAUGCCUCUAACUGAACUGGCGACGGUGCAUCACCAAUACCCCACCAAACUGGAGGUGCUCGGAACUAGUUACGGUGGGGUUUUCUCUAGUCCUCGUGCUGUUUCUGAGCAACCAAUAAACGGUGCGUGUAACACGGACGCUUUUUCAAUCCGGACAGAUGAAGGAGACAAGAAUGAGGAGAAGAAGGGAAUCGAUCCAAACAACCCCGUGUCCAACUGGCUUCGCGCGAGCUCAACACGCAAAAAGCGCUGCCCGUACAGUAAACACCAAAUCCUGGAACUGGAGAAAGAGUUCCUGUUUAAUACGUACCUCACGCGCGAACGCAGCUUCAAGAAUUUCUCUCAAAAGGAGAAAACCCUGACAAUUCCACAUAUGAAGGAUGGGAGGAAUGAAGACAUGCUGAAAUAUUUACCACAGCUAAGUAGAUCAUAUCUUUAGAAAAUUACAUAUUAAAUGUAAAACACACACACAUUUUGAUUUGUGCCAGUUUAAUCAAUAUGAUAAAAAGUGUUAUUGCAUUAAUUUAAUUUAUUCUAUUUUAUUUUUGAUACAAUAUUAUAAAUAU